CCCAUUCAAACGAUUCUGCUCACAAGAAUUUUUUAAUUGACGGAGCGUAGAAAAUGAGUUCUCUAGUCGCAGUGGAUACAGGAAGCGUUAAAAAUAUUUGAAGAAGUUUUUAUUACCGAAAAAUGAUUUCAUUCGAUAAAAAUAAUAGUCAACCUCAAAAAACAAAUUUCGGGGGGGAGCGUUGUUACAAUCUCUCCCCCCUCGGGUACGCCACUGAGCAUCAGUAUAGCCAAAAAUCAACCAUUAUUAUUUAUUAUACAAAUUAUUCAUUCCUACCGAAACUGAUUUCACACAUUUUCCGGUUUGGAAAUGAACAGUGUCGCCUGAAAUAAGAGAAAAAUGGUAAUUAUCUUUUACUGCCUACCCUGAUUCUCCCACAGGUGUAACAAAAUAUCUUUCCCCCAUAAAGUUCCGUGUAAUUCUAGAAAAGUGUCUCUUCUGGUUAUUCUGUGUAUCUGCCAUGUAUAAUAUGGUGAUAGCUGACAAGAUAACAAGAUUAAUAUCAACUAUGAAAAUGAAAUAACAAAAUUGAUUUCUCCAAUUUCAAUAAUUUAAUUAUUGAAAGUAUUUUAAACCAUUUGCUUUUGUAAUUUAUAUUUUGUAGUUUAAUUAGCUAAUCCCGUUAAGCUUGUGAAUCGGUAUCAUACUUUUAGUAAUUAAAUUAAAGUUUAUCCUUCUUAAAUUGUAUGAACUAUUCUUCGGGAACUUUUUUUUCCAUGUUCUUAAUUGGUCCACAGAAUUAUAGUAAUAUGUCGAGUGGCACUAAUGGAACUUAUGAUAAAAAUGGGUUAUCUGCUUCUACGACUUCUGGAGAUGGAGAUUAUUCAAGUGACCCAGCUUCUGGUGGAUUAUCAUCGUUUUUUGUAACCGAUUAUAAAAAACAUGAUGAUUUAAAACAAAUGUUAGAUUCAGCAAAAGAUGGACCAAAGCUAGAAGCCAUGAAAAGAAUAAUUGGAAUGAUAGCUAAAGGAAGAGAUGCUUCUGAACUAUUUCCAGCUGUUGUAAAAAAUGUUGUGUCUAAAAAUAUUGAAGUGAAAAAGUUGGUAUAUGUAUAUUUAGUGCGCUAUGCGGAACAGCAACAAGAUUUAGCACUUUUGUCAAUAUCUACGUUCCAAAGAGCAUUAAAGGAUCCAAAUCAAUUAAUAAGAGCAUCUGCAUUAAGAGUUUUGUCAAGUAUUAGAGUAGUAAUGAUAGUCCCUAUUGUUAUGUUGGCUAUUAAAGAUUCAGCUGCUGAUAUGUCACCCUACGUUCGAAAAACUGCUGCACAUGCUAUACCAAAACUUUACAGUUUGGAUCAAGAUCAGAAAGAAGAACUCAUUUCUAUAAUAGAAAAACUGUUAGCUGAUAAAUCAACUUUAGUAGUUGGAUCUACUGUCAUGGCAUUUGAAGAGGUGUGCCCUGAAAGAAUUGAUCUAAUCCACAAAAUUUACAGAAAACUUUGCAAUUUAUUAGUUGAUAUUGAUGAAUGGGGUCAAGUAAUUAUUGUUAAUAUGUUAACAAGAUAUGGUCGUACUCAGUUUAUCAAUCCUAAUAAAAACGUCAGUCAUAAAAAAAUUUGUUUUGGGAUUUUUUUAUGUAUAGUUAAAUGGAAAAUUAUGUAUUUACAGGACACUAAUGAUUUUACACAUCUUGAUAACUGUAAUGUAGAUAGUUCUGAUCUAUCUAGCUGUGAAGAAGCAUGUGGGGAUGAAGUGAAAUCAUCUGUUCUAGAUCAAGAUCACAGACUUUUAUUAAGAACUGCUAAGCCAUUAUUUCAAAGCCGAAAUGCAGCAGUAGUGAUGAGUGUUUCACAGUUAUAUCACCACUUGGCACCUAAAUCAGAAGUAAACAUCAUUGCAAAAGCUUUAAUUCGAUUAUUAAGAAGUCACAGAGAAGUUCAAUCAGUAGUACUUAAUUCCAUUGCUUCUAUUUCAAUUGACAGAAAGAGGAUGUUUGAGGCAUACUUGAAAAGUUUUUUUGUUAGAUCGAAUGACCCUACACACAUAAAGUUAUUAAAACUGGACAUCAUGACAAAUUUAGCAAAUGAGACAAGUAUAUCAACAAUUCUUCGUGAAGUCCAAACAUACAUUUCUAGUACAGAUAAGCAGUUUGUUGCAGCUGCAAUCCAAGCUAUUGGACGAUGUGCAUCUAAUAUUAAAGAGGUUACUGAAACAUGUCUUAGCGGUUUAGUAUCUAUGUUAUCAAGUCGAGAUGAAGCAGUGGUUGCUGAAAGUGUUGUUGUUAUAAAAAAGUUACUACAAAAUCAGCCAGAAGCACAUUGUGAUAUAAUAAGACAUAUGGCUCGAUUGAUGGAUACAAUUGCUGUUUCUCAAGCUAGAGCUUCAAUUUUAUGGUUAUUGGGGGAAUAUUCACAGUUGGUAUCCACAAUAGCACCGGAUGUGCUCCGUAAGGUGGCAAAAACAUUCGUUUCUGAGGAAGAUAUAGUUAAAUUACAAAUCAUGAAUUUAGCUGUUAAGUUAUUUUUAACUAAUCCAGCACAAACAACAUUACUUUGUCAGUAUGUUCUAAAACAAGCCAAGUAUGAUCAAAAUUAUGAUAUAAGAGAUCGUUCAAGAUUUUUAAACAAUAUACUGUUUCCUCCAGAACAAUUUAGAGACAGUAAAUUAAGUAAACAAGCAAAAAAUAUAUUUCUAGCAGAAAAACCAGCUCCAUUACUACAAUCAAAUUUUGUUGAUCGUGAAGAAUUCCAAAUGGGUUCCUUAUCACAUUACAUUAAUUGUCGAGCAAUUGGAUAUCAGGAUCUACCUCAGUUUCCCGAAGAACCAACAGAUUCAAGUGUAAGGUGUGUAGCAGUACCAGAAGAAAAAGAAAUCCAUGUAAAACAGAAUGUCGACAAAAUAUCUACAAAUAAUAAAAAGACAUUUUAUUCAGAUUCUGAAGAUAGCUCAGAUGAAUCUAGUGAAUCUGAGACAUCAGAUUCGAGCUAUGAGAAAAUUGAUGAAGAGAAGAAUAAAAAAGUAAAAAGUUCUGAAGAUACUGAUGAAAGUAGUUCUGAUAGCGAAUCUGUGGAAAGUGACAGUAGUGAAGACGAAAUGUUAAACAAAAAAGUGAUCAAAACUGAAGAACAUAGAAGUAAUGUGGAUUUGUUGUUGGCACUAGAUGAUUUUGUCCCUUCUAGUCAAACUUUAUUACCAUCAUUAGGCGGAAUGCAUUCCCCUGUCAAUAAUCAAUCAUUAUCUAAUCAUUCACUUACUUCUUGUUCAGGAAAGGUUGUUGCACCAAGUUUUGUACCUUCAUUGAACACUGAAAUUUUGAGUAAAAUCAAAGGUCACAACGAGUUAAGCAUGUUGGCACGGUUCACUAGAAGUGCUAAUGUAUUUUCUAAUACAAUGGUUAAUGUAGAGUUGAGUUAUACCAAUCACGAUCAAAAAGAGACUUUGACUAAUAUACAUCUAAUUCAAAAGAGUCCUGAUAUGAGUAUUCAUAACUCAGCAACAAUAAUGCAGUUAUUACCAGGUUCUGUCAUUUUGGGUGCACUUGGAGUUGAUUUUAAAGAUUCAAUUCAACCACUUUUAAUGCAAGUUACUUGGUAUGUAGCUGGAAUGGAACGUAAAAGUGAAAUUGUUUUGCGAGUUCCUAUUGGUGAACUUUUACAACCAUACUCCAUAACUGCUGACAAUUUUAUAAGUGAACAAGGAAAAUUGAAAGGAAUGAAUGAACAUGUAGCUAAAGUUACUUUUGCCAAUAUAAAUAUGGAUGUACCAAAAUCUGUUUAUGAAGUUGCUAAUGUCACAAAAGUUUUAUCUGAAAAUAAAAAUAUAUUCAGGUUCAGUGGUCAGACAUUAUCUUCUAACUGUUUAGUGUUAUUAACAAUAAAGAUUGAAGAUUCAUCUGCAACUAUUUUUGUUAACUGUGAAAAAAUGGUUGUUGGAUCUGUGUUUUUAAAUGAAAUUAAAGGACUUUUUUCAAAAUAAAUUUUCAUUGGAAAAAAAAAUUACAAUUAAAAGUUAACAUUUAUAUAUUUUUCAAAUUAAAAAUUAUUUUGUUCUUGUAUUAAAUAUAAUAUACCUGUUGGCUGUUGUUAAAAAUAUUAUUGGGCUUUAAUUAUUUA